GAAAAUACCCAACGGCUAGCUAAGCUCCAAAGCCACUUGCUGUCUUUGCCUAAGCAUCUCCACCUCUCUCACUCUCCCUCUCAAAUACAUAAAUUUCAAACCAUUUUUCAACAAAAUUCUCAUACUAACUUUACAUUUUCCAUAAAUAAACAGAACAGAAUUUCGAAGAAAUACUUGCUAAAUUUUCUUGAUCGAAAGCGGCUUCAAUCAUGGAAGAAACAGACGAGCAGGAAUCCGCCUUUCUGCCCCCUGCGCUCGUCUCUCUAACCCCAUUCACACCCUCAGUUUCUCCGUCGCCCCGCCGCCUCUCCAGCUGCUUUACCCACCCCUCUAAGCCGGUGAGAGCCAAAAGGCAGCUGGCUUGGGUGUCGCUCCAGGGCCGGCUUGUCGGAGCCGAGGAAGCCACCUCCGCUAAAACCAUCGGUAGAAACGGCGGGUUCACCGCUAAAGAGGCGGCGGCAUGGGAGCUGUUCACACCAAUUCAACGUGUUCUGGUUGUGGCUAUUGUCGCGGCGGCAGCUAUUAAUUCGAGGAAGAAUAAGCAGAUCUCGAAGCUCCGAAAAUCAGUUGAACUUAGGGACCAAGUGCUCCUCAGCAUGCAACAGAAGCUGGACAAUCUAUGCCAGCAGAUGAAUUACUUCAAGGAUCAGCCUGACGUUGCGACUGUAGUGGAUAUCUCUGUCACAAAAUGGACAGACUGCGGUUGUAAGCCAUGCCAACAUCAUAAACUGCCACCAAACCAUGCCUCGGAAAAUGCUUCAGCCAAAGAACCGAAAGGAGAUGAGGUAUUUAAAUAUCCACUUGCUGAUGUGGUUGAACCAGAGGAGCGCCGCAUGUCUGACUUGUCAGAUUGGGCUCCCAGUGUUACUUCUUCUGUUGAUAUUCAGUUGGAUACUUUGGCAAUUGAACAUGAUAUCAGUAGCCUGCAGAAGGAAUCCGAACACAAGGAUGUCACCAGUAACAAGUUGUCUACUUUCAUUCAGUCGUCGGAAGCUUUUGGUCCAAAGAGGAUCAAAGAAUUGGAAGAUCUCGUUCGGAGGAAGAAUAUGAUCAUCAACAAACUGCGCAAGGACAUAGUGAUUCUGGAACAGAAGGUGAUGAGCCUAACGCGGCUACGGAAACCAUUGUUCUCAUCUGCAAAUUCAAACAUGAAGCAGCUUCCUGUUAUGGCAGAAAACGUGCUUUACGACAUGGACAGUACGACCAGUCCUUCUUCUUCCGAUUCAGACACCUCUCCUAGGAACCGAACACAACCUGUGGCAGUCAAAAGUCAAGGAAUAUCGAUCCAGAGUAACGAGAAAACUUCAAUGGGAGAUCAGAAAGUACAUGCUCAGUUCAAGAGGUCUACGUUUGCAGAGCAACGACAGAAAUCACGCGCGACAAGUCCUCUGAAAGAGAGAUCGCUGAAUCACACACCCAAUGCAGUUCCCGCAUUGAAACCAAAGCAUAGUUCCAGUGGAGAAAAUCGAAGCCGGACGAGACCUGCUGCCAGGUCCAGGGAAGCAACUGCUCUAAAGAGAUGGAUGUAGGAAGUUUUUCCUAUAAGAAUAUAAAUGCAACAGUAAGAUAUAUAUAUAUAUAUAUAUAUAUAUUUCUUCUUUCGACAACCUUCCCAGAUAGAUGAUUUAUUAUGAGAGUUGAGAGAAUUCUGGAGGAGUUUAUUAGCAAGAGUUGCAGAACAUAUUAAUCUCAGCCCCCCAUUCUGCUGCUUCAUAAUUUGUAUCACGAAGAA